GUAAGUGAAAUAACAGUCUCCGAGACUGAAGAGACACAAUCACUAGAAUAUAUGAAAAAAUCAAUAAUUUCUGAAAUGUCUGGAAAUGAAUUAUCAUCAACUAACAUAAAUGCAUCUUUUGAAAUUUCACAACCAGAACCUAAAACGCCAUCAGUUAAAGAAUUAGAGGAAAUACUGCACAGUGGGAAAACAUCAUGCAACCAUGCAGAUGAAGUGUGGCCAGACCUAUUUCUGGGAGAUAUGUUUCUGGCCCAUGACAGAUACAGUCUUUGGAAAAUGGGCAUCACACAUGUUUUGAAUGCUGCACAUGGUAAAAUGUGCUGCAAAGGAAGCCAUGACUUUUAUGGUACUACAGUGGAUUACUAUGGCGUCCCAGCUGAUGAUCUGCCAAACUUUGAUUUAAGCAAAUAUUUCUAUUCUGCUUCUGAUUUUAUACAUAAGGCUGUGACUUCUCCAGGAGCCAAACUUUUUGUGCAUUGUGCUGUUGGGGUGAGCCGAUCUGCUUCCCUAGUGUUGGCCUAUCUCAUGAUCUACCAUCAGUUUUCCUUAGUUGAUGCUAUUAAAAAAGUGAAAGAACACAGAUGGAUAUUUCCAAAUCGAGGAUUUUUAAAGCAGCUACAAACACUGGACAUGAAACUGCAAGAAGAAAGAAGUCAUUUUUAAAAGUGAAACUAGUUUAUUUUACUGCAUGCUUAAAAGUUUUAAUAUACUGUACCACCAUCUUCAGGUUUCUGUUCACUGUAUAUUUCUAACUUCCACAAAGCCCAUAAACCAUUUGUUGCUCUAAUGACCAGUUCAAGAAAACGCAAGCAAACCCUGGCUUUUUGGAGGUGGGAAGGUCUUUGGCAAAGAAUAUUGGCCUAAAUGUACGCAGAAGCAUCAAAAAAAUGUUUUUAGACACGUUAAAUCUUGUCUGUCAAGGAGACAAAGUAAAUAUACAGACAAGAGUUCUUAAUGCAUAGCUAUGUCCUUUAAGUCAGGUGUAAAAGUUUAUUACUUGGUGCAAAGACAAUUGCCUGCAUCUUAACAUCAGCAAAUCCAGUCAGUAUUUAAUGAGUGGAUGUAGAUGUGGUCCACUCCUACAAGUACUUUGGGUCCACAUUAAUGACAGGUUCAACCGUCUCUUAACACAG